CUUAAAAAUAAUGGUUGAAUUAGAAGACAGAAGUGCCCAAGGAAGAGCUUGUGGAAAUUUAGGAAAUACUCAUUAUCUCCUUGGAAAUUUCAAUGAAGCAGUUUCUUAUCAUAAUGAGAGGCUAAAAAUUGCAAAAGAGUAUAGAGAUUUAGCUGCUGAAAGAAGAGCUCAUAAUAAUUUAGGAAAUGCUCACAUAUUUCUGGGAGAGUUCGAGGUAGCUGCUGAUCACUACAAAAAAACAUUAUCUUUAGCCAUUGAACUUAGAGAUAAAGCAGUUGAAGCCCAAGCAUACUACAGCUUAGGAAAUACAUACACAUUACUUCAUGAUUACCCCACUGCCAUUGAUUAUCAUUUACGUCACUUAAAAAUUGCCCAAGAACUUAAAGAUCGCAUUGGGGAAGGCCGCGCAUACUGGAGCCUUGGUAAUGCACAUUCUGCCAUUGGAAAUCAUGAGCAAGCUUUGCAUUACGCUAAUCGUCAUCUUGAAGUGUCAAAAGAAAUUGGAGAUACAUCUGGAGAAAUAACUGCACAACAUGCUAUCUUAGAUUUACAAAAGAUUAUGGACUUUCAAGAUGGAGGUGCAACUUGUAGUUUGAGUAAUGCAUCAAUCAAUUCCAGUGGAAGAAUGCGCCGCAUUAGUAUGGAACAAAUGGAUAUCUUAAAGCUUACUCCAGAUGCUAAAGUAGCAAAAUCUUCGAUUGAUGAUAAAGAAAAGAAACUUAGUCCUGUUACAGAAAAAAGUCCCAAAGUUGUAGAUAUGCAAGACGUGAAACUACCAAUGCAAAAUACACCUACGUCUGCUAAAGAAAACAAAAUACCUGUGUUGAAAGAGACAGAUGAUUUAGAAAGUUCCUUAGAUGAAGAUUCUUUCUUCGAUCUUCUGAGUCGCUUUCAAAGUAAAAGAAUGGAUGAUCAAAGAUGUUCACUUGUUCUGUCCGAAAACAAAGAGAACAAUCAAUUGCUUGGCAAUUUCCAAAAUAACUUUCAGCCUUCAUCUUCUUCAAGUCACCCUAAUAACUUCCAAAACAAUUUCCAGCCAUCUGCUUCAAGUCAUGCUAAUAACAAUGCUGCUAAUGUUGACAGAGACAAUAAUCGUGUUAGAGAUGACUUGUUUGAUUUAAUUGCUGGUAUGCAAAGUCGAAGACUGGAUGAACAAAGGGCUAGUCUACCACAGUUGCCUGGACUGAACUAUUUUUCGCUGAAUAAUGGUGCUCCCAGGAUCCAUAAUAACAAUAAUACAAUUCCCUUGGAACAAAGUCUACAUCGGCCAUCAACUGAUGCCUCAGCAAUGUCUGAUGAUGAUUUUUUUGAAAUGUUGAUGAGAUGCCAGGCAAGUAGAAUAGAGGAUCAACGAAGCACUAUGCCAGAAGCACGUUCCAAUUCCCGCCACAUGUACUCAAUGACUCACUGUAAUGGCAGCAAUGCACAUGCAGCUCCUACUGUUCCUGAUGAGGAUUUUUUCAGUUUAAUCAUGCGCCUACAAGCUGGGAGAAUAGAGGACCAAAGAUCAGCACUGCCGGUUAAACCUGCGAAAGAAAAGGCUUCGACAUCUAGUGCUAAUUCUAGCUCACAAGGCAAAGCAUCAGGAUCCUCGUCAAAAUCAAGUUCUUUUAGGUCAAGUCUGAAGUCUGUGUCUGGCAAAGGGUCUUUGAAACGCUGACUAAAAGUCAAACACUAUGUGAAUCAAAAUAAAAGUUGAAAGGAAAAUUUUAAGCUUGUAAAAUGCCUGAAAGUUGUGAAAAGUAUUUUUAAAUGAUGUAAACUGAAAAUUUUCCUUCUUGUUUAAGAAAUGAAUUUUUUAAAAAUCUUUAACAGGUGAAUGAUUUUCCGUUUAAUCUCUCAAAUGUUGAAUUUUCAGUUCCGUAAAUUUAAAUAUUGUUUUACCACAUUGACGAUUUUUACUAUGACUGUUGAUAGAUUCUUUUUUAAGCUGUUACAUAAAUUUUAGUAAGCAUUCCUAAAUGCCAACAAGUAACGAAAAUUUUCAUUUCAAACUUUUUUUUCCCAAAAACAUUUUAACUGCCUCCAGUGAACAUCAAUGUUGGAAACAUCAAUGUUGGAACAUCAAUGUUGGAAGAUUGAACUAUAAGUAGAAUAAGGAUCUGUUGUAAUUUGAAAUUUUAGAUGUGGACCAGUUAAAAAAGAGCUAUAAUAUUUUAAGCUUUUGGAUACAGCUUGUGAAGCUGUUGACUACUUGAAGAGAUAUGUGUUAUAAUUAAGGUGACUAUAUUUUUCUCUGUGAUCUGCAUAUUGAAUGAUUGUGUGUUGCUGCUUUUAAUACAUAUUAUAAAGAGUAUAUUGUCUCUAUAAAUAAGACAUUGCUAUUUAAAUACUUAUCUGUUCGCUCAUGCAGCAGUUUCAACUUCAAGAAUUUCAGUGGAACCCCAGAAAUCCGAAAUACCAGGUAGUCUGAACAGCUGGUGAAGUGAAGGCCUAAAAUUAGAUAUGAAAGGAGAUAAAAUGUGUGACUUUGAUUCAAAAGCUAAGUUAGUUUUAUAAUGACAGCUACUUUUAGCCAACAUGUGACUACAAUCAAUACAGCUUUGUACUUUAUUAUGUAGAACUGAAUUUAGUUAUAUUUUGUUGCGGUAACAAACUAAAUUAGUUUGAUGAAUCAUUAGCCGUGUUUGUGUGGACUUUUUUUACCUUGGAAAAAACUUGCUUUUAACCACAUUCCAGUUAUUUCCUGGGUAAGCGUGGAUAUGUCUUCCGCCUGCUAUCGACUGGAGUAAAUACGAGGGUUUUAUCCAGUAUGCACUUUGCAAGAAAAGUUUCUUUAUCUUGUAUCCGAGAAAACGGUUUUACCUGGCUUGUAAACGCUCUUUUUGACUGUGAACGGUGUAUUUUUGGACGGUUUUGUUUUUGGAGUUUGGGCAGGGAACUGUAAGGUACAAAAGUCUCACGUAAAUGCAGCUUAUGUUGCACUUAUAACCUAGAUGACACAUUAAGCUCUCUUGCUUUAUCAGGGGUAAAAUGGCUUUAUCAUUUACUUAAAACAAUGACUUUUGAGAUCAUCAUUGAAGAUUUUAACUAGUCUACAUAAUAAAUCCAAACUUUCUAUCAUCCAGACAGGGCUCAGCUCCAAUUAUUUUGAAUUUCUGAGGUUCCAUGUGUUUUCAGUAUUUCGAGAUAGGAAGUUAUAAAACAUGUAUGUUUUACAAAAACAUAUUUUAGAAUACAUUGUUCUAAGUUUGAAUUGCAAAAUUAGCAUGUGAUACUUUUAAAAGGAGUACUUAACUUAGUUUUGUUGUCGCUUUAUGCCAAAAACAGUUUAAAAAAAAAAA